CUCCCUCCCUCCCUCCAUCUCCUCUCUUUUCCUUCAAUUUACAUUACUUUCUUUCAUAUGAAUAAACAACGCACCAAAAUGACUCACCAUCCUGGUGAUUCUUCCCCUCCACUUGCAUCAGAAUCCAACAAAACUCAUCAAUAUUCCAUCCACGCACAAACCUCAGUGCAUGAAGAAUCUGAAGCUCAAGCUCAAGUUUCGGCAUUACAAGAUAUGUGUUCCACUGCAAUAGUUGGAGUUAAGAACGAAGGAGAAAGUAGUAGUCUUGAUGGGGAUUUAUCAGAAGAUAAUGGACGUGAGAGAUUGAAGAGACAUAGAAUUGAAGUGGCUGGACACGUAUGGAUACCUGAUAUAUGGGGUCAAGAAGAGAUGCUAAAAGAUUGGGUUGAUUGUGUUGCUUUUGAUGCUUCUUUAGUUUCUACUACAAUUAUGUCAGCUCGUUCAGCUUUGGCUCAAGAAGGAAGAAGAUCGAAUUCUGGUGGAUUGAGAAUAGAAAACAGCCCGUUUCGAGCAAGUGCAAAGAAGAACACAAACUUUAACAAGCAAAUUGUUAGAAUCAUUGAAAUUGAUGUUGGCAAUUCUAUGCUUAGAGGUAUGGUCAUGAAAGUUUUGUAGAAUUCAAGACCGCCCCUACCAAGAAACCAG